AUGGGAUCCACAUCAAGAUAUACAUUUACAUUUGAAAAAUUAGUAGAAGUCUCAUCUACUGAUUUUGUUGGUCAUUCUGUGGCUGGCACACUAUUUGUGUUGGCCUUGAUUACCCACUUCUACAAUUACCGUAAGGGUCUGGGUUUUACUUAUUGGUGGUUUUUGGUAAAUGGAUAUUUGAUACAUUUGUAUAUGGACGGGUUGGCUGCUUACUUUGAAUAUUCUAAGACGUACUCAUUUCUUGUUAUUAUUUAGGACCCACUACCUCUAUUCUCAAAUGGACGCAAGAUUCCUGAGAGAUGACAAGAUGGUUGCUAUAGUGUCAUUGGGCGAGACUUUUGUGAUGGGACCAUUGUGCAUUGUCAUUGCACUACUCUAUAAGUCGACAAAGCUCGAGCAUAAUGUAUCUAUUUAAAUAAUAUUAUUAAGUUAUUAAGGGAAGUGUUGAUCCUGGUAGUUUCUGCAUUCCAAAUAUGCGGAACAGUAGUAUUCUGUGCUUAGCCUGUCUGGGCUGGCUUCAUUGAAUAAUGUGGAGCAGAGGGAUGUUUUACCUUCUCUAUCUUCAACAUAUUCUUUUUCUGGUUCUCCUUUGUGUUUUGCGAUUCCAUCUGGAUCUGGUAGCCAAUCAAAGAAAUCGUUAAAUCUUAUAGGAGAUUAGAACUAUUAAUCAAGCCUCAGCCAUAAAAAGUAAAGAAGAAUUGAUGUUUAUUAAAUGUGC